AUGGGGCAGGAUCGCAUCAGGCUGCUCACCCACAUCGUGUACCAGCACUUUGGUCCAGUCGUUGGGGUGAGUCCUACUCCACGGCAUGCGCCCCUCGCCCCCUCUUCUCGGUCAUCACCAGCUGUCGAUCGCUGUCGAGAGCGUCGUCGGAGCGCGACGACCAGCUCUCGCUUACGCAGCUCAUCACGUCGUCCCCCCCCCCACAAGAGCAAAGACGAGCAGAACCGUAGGAUCUGACCACGUUCACCUCGCUCCUGCGCCUGCACAGGAAAUCGCGUCGGUUCUGCUCGCGAGGGGAUCGUUGACGUUCGCGCACCUGACCCGGCUGUCGUCGCUGCCGCCAGCGCUGAUCCAUCGGGCCUUGCUCGUGCUGUCGCUGCACAUGCUCCUGUACCACUCCGAGAUCGACUCGGAAAAGCGCGUCGAGGCGUUCGAGAUCAACCAGGCCAACCUCGAGCAACGUCUGCGCGGUGGCCUCUACAUCGACUUGGCCAACCGCAAAGCGCAGUCCUGGUCCCGUUCGCCUCCUUCCCCUUCGUCCGAGUCGACCCUGAGCAAGAUCAUCCACGAGAUCUGGAAGAACGGCAUGAUGGGUACCCACGAUCUCAUGACCUUCGCCAGGCAGGAUAUACUGCUCCGGCACCGCAUGCUCGUCAUCCAGCACGAACUCGCCGCCGAAUCCUCCGUCGACCCUUCGUCCUCGUCGAGCAAGCUUCUAAAGGGAAAGGGGAAAGCCAGGGUCUUGGGGCCUUUGUCCGAUGCCGAGGGUCAGUCGAGGUCGAGGUGUGAACCGCUUGGGCUUGAACCCGGCCUCCCGGAUGAUUGCAGCUGACACGCAUGCCGCUCUUGUUUGCAUCCCUCGGUCCAGCUCAAGCGCGCGCUCAAGUGCUGUGCAAACGAGCAUUCCACGAUGGCUAUCUUGCGCUCAUCACUCCCGAAUCCCAGGAGAUGCCCCGCUCGUUGGAGAUCAAAUGGGACACAGAGGCACGCCAGGGCAUGAAGUGUGAGUUGCAGAAUCCCCAGGACCGGCGUGAAGCAGACUGUGCGAUUGACCAAGCGCUUCUACCGAGCAGCCAUCUUGUCGGCAAAGGAGACCAAAGAGGUCAAGGAGAAGAUUCAAGCGCGCAACGAUACUCAUCACGAAGAACAAAAAGCUCGAUCAAAGAACAUGGUCAGUCUUCAGUCGCAGGAAGUGGUAUCUAUGACACAAGUCGGCUGAAACUUGAUGCUCGACCGCAGACCCUCGAUGAGUUGCAAGAUUCGUACCGCGUCAGGAAGAAAACGAAACCGUACCACGAGAAUGAUUUGGACGAUCUCGAGUCGGUCGAAGGGAUGAAGGAACUACCCGUAAGUAUUUUCGUACUCACAGGCCUGCAUUCUAACCGCUCCCGCCUGAACGCUUCCCCGAUCAUCGCCCCAGAAUGGCGCCACCUUUCGAGUCAAUGCGGAAAGGCUGCACACGGUCUGGAGAAGCGAGGUCAGCCACUUUGUCGGCCUACGCUUAUUGCGCUGCGCGUUGAUCCUGAUAAUUCACUCAAUCCGGCGUGUCUUGUCGAUUCUCAUUUUCUGUCAGAUGAUGGAACGAUUCGCAUCAGAGAUCUACAAUCCGCAUAUUGGGCGCGUCUUUCGUCUCGUGCUCGACGUCGCCGAUGCUUCGAUUCACUCAAUGGAGGAUCAAGAGUCUCGUCAGUUCCUUCAAUUCAUUUGACAGAACAUGGAACCCACAUGUUGAUACGAUACUUGGUCGUUCUCAUUCACGACGAAAGGCCCGAUGAACCGCAACGAGCUGUCGAAAGCAUGGUCGUCUCUACCCAAAUCCGAGCGUGUGACCCUCCGCCACGCCUUCAACGAUGAUCCCUGUCUAGACCCAAAGUGGGGGAGCCUGCACGAAAAGGAAGAUGCCGACCUGAUCGUCGAAAUCCUCUACAUCCUAGCCAAAGUCGAUGACCUUGGUGUCAAUGCCGCGAGUGGGUUCUUGAGGCAGGCGGGUGGGGACGGGCCAAACGCUAGGUGGAGCGUGAGGUACAAGGAUCUUGGGGAUCGCAUGAAGCGCGCUUUGGUCGAAGCGAUGGUCGAGGACAAGCUGGACAAGAAAGCCAUCAAGUGUUGGAGGAUCCUGGAUGCCAAAGGAAAACUCGACGAGAAGCAUGUGAGCCCCGUCAAAGUGCCUCGCAACCAGUUCUGAAUUGCCGAACUGACCCGGGUCUCUUUGGUUGUGCUUGGCCUCGAUCCUUAGCUGGCACGACUGGCUUUCUUGACCGUCAAGGAAGCUCGAGAAACGAUCGCGCGUCUUCGGGCCAUGUCCUUCAUCGAAUCACAAGAGGUGCCUCGAUCCGCCGACCGAGCCCCCUCUCGCACGUUCUACUUGUGGUAUGUCGACUACCCUAAAGUCGUUCGAACGCUCCUCGACCACCAGUAUAAGGCCUUGGCGAACCUGCAAGUCCAAAAGACGCAGCUGAUGGAACGUUCGAGCAAAGUCCUCGAAAAGUCGGAGAGGACCGACGUUCGGGAGGACCCCAAGCUCAUGGACUCGAGGGACAAGCAAUUAUUGGACGACUUGGACAAGUUGAUGGAAGCUUUGAUCGUUGCCGAGAUGAGGAUUGAUUGCCAGGUUUUCGUCUUGAAGGACUUUGCAUAG